GUUGCCCUCAAACGUUGAUGGUUGGGUUGGUAAUGCGCGUUUAGUGAUUUGUUUGUGUUUAGUGUUUUUGUGGUUUUUCUUUUUUGGUUUGACAUUUUAUUUAGCGGCCCUGGAGUCGCAUCCGUCUGUAAUUACUUCUGAGCAGCAGGAAAUGGGCGUAUCAGAAGAGGUGGCAAUGCCGGCAGCGGGCGCGGAACCGCGCCCACCCGCUCAAGACGCGCGUGACGCUAGUGACGGGAGCGAUCCCGAACCGGACGAUUUUGCUCCCAAACGGAAACAGCGCCGAUAUAGAACCACGUUUACUAGUUUUCAACUUGAGGAGUUGGAGAAAGCUUUUUCCAGGACUCAUUAUCCUGAUGUGUUUACUAGGGAAGAGCUGGCAAUGAAAAUAGGACUAACAGAAGCAAGAAUACAGGUGUGGUUCCAAAACCGUCGUGCCAAAUGGCGUAAACAAGAAAAAGUAGGACCUCAGGGCCAUCCUUAUAACCCUUACCUAAACCCUGGUUCUGCGGUACCUCCCUCGGCAGUAGUACCUUCCUCCCUCCCCAACCCUUUUACGCUUCCCUUUGGCUUACGUAAGCCCUUUGACUCCAUUAGUUUCAGAUACCCUCCACAUGUACUACCCGGAUAUCUGCCGACUCCUCCCUCCUAUCACCGCACCCCGCACUCCCUUCUUCCACCCUUAUAUCCUUCGGCAGCCAGCUCAUUUCAAACCUUAUUGGCCAACAUAUCAGCUGCGCAGAGACCGAAACAGGAAUUCACCGCAUCACCUCCAUUGUCACCUGGAACCACCAGUACUGUCGUACCUCCGUCACCUCCGGAAGUGGACAGGAGGAGUUCGAGUAUCGCCUCAUUGAGACUAAAGGCCCGGGAGCACGAGAUGAGGUUGGAGAUGUUAAGACAAAACGGAGAUUUAAUUAGUUAAUUAGGGACAAUUCGAUUUUAUGAUUAUGCGAGGUCUUCCUGUUGAUCUUUUUUGGUGCGGUCAGUGCAUCCUGUAAAUAUAUUCCGAGUAUUAUAUAAUAGGAUAAUUUUAUUAUUUAAUUGUAACUUUAGUGCAAAUGGAAACUGAUUAAUCCGUCCUAUGAAGUGUACUUAUUAUAUUAUUAGAGGAAUUGCAAUUUCAAAUGAGUGUAUAUUAUAUAUGUCUUUUUUUAAUAUUUAAAAUAAAUAAUUAUAAAAAUU